AUGCCUCCCACGCUGGCCACAGCGUUUGCCCGCCGCUGGUGGAUGGCGGUGACCGCUAUCGUUGAGAAUCUCCUCUUUUCUGCUGUACUUUUGGGAUGGGGAUCGCUCCUCAUCAUGCUCAAGUCAGAGGGCUUCUACUCAUACCUUUGCAGCUAUGAAGGUAACGUCGUGAAUGGCUCACCUAUGCCCAGGGCUGACCCUGGGCACAAGAAUGGAAAUUGGAUGAACGGCUGGCUGAUCUGUAAAGAGCAGGAUGAGAUGUUGAACCUGGCUUUUACCGUUGGCUCCUUCCUUCUCUCUGCCAUCACGCUACCUCUAGGAAUUGUCAUGGACAAAUACGGCCCUCGCAAACUCCGACUGCUGGGAAGCACAUGCUUUGGCUUGUCUUGUUUGCUCAUUGCAUAUGGAGCCUACCAACCAAAUGAACUCUCAGUCCUUAUCUUUAUCGCCCUGACUUUUAAUGGCUUCGGUGGCAUGUGCAUGACCUUUACCUCCCUUACGUUACCUAACAUGUUUGGGGACUUGCGUUCCACUUUUAUCGCCCUGAUGAUUGGAUCCUAUGCAUCCUCUGCAGUGACCUUCCCUGGUGUCAAGGUAAUCUAUGACUUUGGUGUACCAUUCAUCACCAUUCUGGUGGUGUGGGCAGCAUGUGCUGGAUUGGUCUUCUUGAACUGCUUCUUCAACUGGCCCCUGGAACCCUUCCCAGGACCAGAGGACAUGGACUACACUGUCAAGAUCAAGUUCAGCUGGCUCGGCUUCGACCACAAAAUCACAGGCAAACAGUUCUACCGCCAAGUGACCACAGUGGGUCGUCGACUCAGUGUGGGCAACAGCCUGGUGCAGAAAGAUUUGCCCACCAAGGAGGGCAAGCUCUGCCUCUCUACGAUGGACCUGGAAUUAGACGGAAAGCCCAAAGAGGACUAUGUCUUCUUUUCUGCAGCCCCUUCAUUCCUGAAAACUAUCACCACCCCGAUUUUCCUGCUGAGCCUGGUGACCAUGUCUGUGACUCAGCUGCGUCUAUUGUUCUACAUGGGAGCCAUGAACAGCGUUCUUGAGGUGCUCAGUGAUGGUGAUCUCAACACAGUAUUUUUUAUGACCUUGAUCCUCACAGUGAGUUUGUACUCAUCCAUCUUCGGCGUGCUUCAGCUGCUUUGCCUCAUGACCACACCUGUGAUUGGUCAGAUUAUGGACUGGAAGUUAAAGGACUGUGAUGAUGGCGAGGAAUCAAAGGACACCGGCAGCAAGAAUGAACCAAAGACAAAACGAAGAGACAGAAAGACCCAAAAGGUGACCAAUGCCCUGCGAGCGUUUGUCCUUACGAAUGUCCUUUUAGUGGGCUUCGGGGUCACUUGCCUGAUACCAAACCUUCCCCUCCAGAUUGUGUCAUUUAUCUUACACACUGUGGUGAGAGGAUUCAUUCACUCGGCCGUCGGUGGCCUUUAUGCUGCUGUGUAUCCAUCUUCACAGUUUGGCAGCCUAACAGGUAUGCAGUCACUAGUCAGUGCUGUAUUUGCUCUGCUGCAGCAACCUCUCUUCUUGGCUAUGAUGGGACCCCUAGAGGGAGAUCCAUUCUGGGUUAACAUUGGCCUGCUGGCUCUUAGCAUGUUGGGAUUCCUACUGCCCCUCUACCUGGUUUGCUACAGACAGAGUCUCCACAAAGAGCGGCAUGAAAAGGAGAAUAACGCCAAAAUAUACAUCAAAAUAAAUGGCUCCGACGUCCCAGAGGCUUUUGUCUAA